CCAAUAUGGCGGCCGCCUGUAAGCGAAGGCAGUAGACCUUUGUUUUCAAGACAGCUUGAAAAUUCCCCUUUUCCAUUGUUGUUGGUGACAUUUAUCAGUUGUUUUCAUAACUUACACAAGCAAUGCAGAGUUAGGCAAUGUGUAUACGUGGUGUGAAGGGCACAAAGGCACGUUAAGCCCCGAUAGAAUGGGGGCUCAACAAGGAAAAGAAGCAAAAACAGGAAAACGAGAAAGAAAGUCGAAGGAUAAUCGGCAAGUUAUACAGAACUUUGCUCAAGACAAUGAGGCAGUGUUUGGCGGGCGUCCCCUGCCGGAUGCCCCGAGUGGCGGGCUUGACUCGCUUGGCUCAAAGUGGAUGUCUAAGGAGAACCUGCUGGUGAACCCCGGGGAGGACGACCCUAACCUUUUUGUGGCGCUGUAUGAAUUCCAGUCAGGGGGGGAUAACCAGCUCACCAUUGUUAAAGGAGAGCAGAUGACAAUCCUGGGCUACAACAAAGGGGGUGAAUGGUGUGAAGUGAAGAACAAGGCUGGGACCAUUGGCUGGGUUCCUAGCAACUACAUUGCCCCCGUCAACAGCCUUGACAAGUUCUCCUGGUACCAUGGACAGAUUUCCAGGAAUGCGUCUGAGUACCUGUUGAGCAGCGGGAUUAAUGGAAGUUUCCUGGUCCGAGAGAGUGAGAGUAGCCCCGGCCAGCGCUCCAUCUCCGUCCGCUAUGAGGGCCGUGUCUACCACUACCGAAUAUCUGAGGAUUCUGACACCAAGGUGUAUGUGACGAUGGACCAUCGGUUCAACACACUGGCAGAGCUGGUCCAUCACCACUCGAUCCACUCAGAUGGCCUUGUGACCACCCUGCUCUACCCAGCUCCCAAACGGCAGAAACCAACGGUAUUCGGCCUCAGCCCCGAGCCCGACAAGUGGGAGAUAGAGCGUACAGAGAUCGCUAUGAAACAUCGCCUUGGUGGGGGUCAGUAUGGUGAUGUCUACGAAGCUGUUUGGAAACGUUACAACAAAACAGUAGCUGUCAAAACACUAAAGGAGGACACAAUGGCCUUGAAGGAUUUCCUGGAGGAGGCUGGCAUCAUGAAGGCCAUGAAACAUCCCAACCUGGUACAACUGCUCGGUGUGUGUACACGAGAGCCGCCAUUCUACAUUGUGACCGAGUUCAUGACCCACGGUAACCUGCUUGAUUUCCUGCGUGGCUCUAACAAGGAGGUUCUGGGUCCCACCAUCCUAAUGUACAUGGCCUCACAGAUCGCGGCAGCCAUGGCCUACCUGGAGGAGAAACUCUUCAUACACAGAGAUUUGGCAGCGCGGAACUGCCUGGUGGGGGAGCAGCAUCUGGUGAAAGUGGCAGACUUUGGGCUGGCACGUCUCAUGAAGGAUGACACAUACACCGCACAUGCCGGUGCCAAGUUCCCCAUCAAGUGGACCGCUCCUGAGGGACUCGCCUUCAACAGGUUCUCUACGCGGUCUGAUGUCUGGGCAUUUGGUGUGCUGCUGUGGGAGCUGGCUACGUAUGGGAUGUCACCAUACCCAGGUGUGGACCUGACAGAAGUAUAUCACCUGCUGGAGCGAGGAUAUCGCAUGGAGCGACCACAGGGAUGCCCCGCCAAGUCAUACCAGCUCAUGAUGAGAUGUUGGUGCUGGGACCCGAAUGACCGGCCAACGUUUGUAGAGAUUGUACAAGACCUGGAGACAAUGUUCCCAGAUUCCACUGUCAACGAAGAGGUUGAGCGUGAGUUGGAGAUGUCGGACUCUCCAGGUGGCGGUGGGAAGAAAGUUCGAGCACCUAGCUCUGAGAGCAGUGAUGGCCGACACAGCGCAGGUCCCACUCCACCAGCAGGGCGGAGAGUCCUGCCACCUGACUCGGACUUCAGCGUGCAGCAAGCUAGUGACAUCCUGGGGCGUAAGUCUGCUGCAGCGGCUGCUGCUCGGAAGCGAGGGUCUGCCCCAACCCCACCGCGCCGCACAGUCUCCGCCAUCAAGGAGCAGGACGAAGCAGUGGACUCUGAGCUCAAGUCCAAGAUGAAGCUGCAGAAAGCCAAGAUAGAGAGCAACACCAUCCCCGAAUACCCCUUUGACAGCAACAAUUUUGCCAACACUAAAGAUCUGAGUGAAUUCAUCAAAGCCCCUCGCAUACCCCAGCUGCCUCCAAAUCAAAAAUCUUUCCAGCGGGCAGACAAUCCUGGUAAGGACGGCCGACCAAGCAUGGAGGACUCGGGAAUCUCCCGUGGGACGGGCAGUAGUGACAGCCUCCGCAACCUCGCCAUUGACAAGUCGAAGUACCUGAUCAAUGCUGACACUGCCACACGUUCGACAGACACACAGUCUCCACGGCAGGGUCAGCCAGACCCUCGCAGUAGUGGGAGGAAGUUCUCAUAUCCCAUGAUCAAACAGGAGUAUAAGCAUGCCAGUGAUGUGAGUGUAGGAACUAAAAGUGUGGACAUUGGGACAAGCACCUCUGAGGAGGGAUUGCAAUUAAUGUCCACCAGUUUUAGAGGGAAGCAGUAUCCAAAAGUGCCUUUACCACUGCCCCAUUCAGCGAGCUUGAGACAAAAACGUCGAGUGCCUCGGCCUAAACUGAACACAAGUCACAGCAUGGAGGCUGAGGGGGAUGACAGUAUCACAGUGGGAAAAUUGGAUGUGAAUAAUGUGGCUCAGACUAUAAAUAAGUACGGGACAAUUCCGAAGGGUGUUCGUAUAGGGGAGUACCUGGCCUCCAUGCAGAGUGAGGUCGGGGUAGUUGGGGGCAGGGAGCUGCCUGCUGUGGAGGACCAUGACUCAGGCACAGACACCGCCAGUGUUGCCUCCUGCCCCGUUUCCCAGCCAAAUGGGCUCCUGCAUGGCCCCGGGCCCGCUGACCUCGCCUCAACCCUUCAAGGAGCCGCGGCCUCUCUAGGUGCUAGAAAUGACUCUGAUACUGGGAUACAGCAGGAGUCAAACGUGCGUCCCUCUGCGGUAGUGAAAUCCCAGUCCUCUCAUGUGAUUGUUGACAAUCCGAAGGCUCAAUAUAGUGGUUUACAGAGGCAGAAAUCGGACCUUAUCCCUGGCUCUAAAUCCUCCCCCACUGACCCGAGUCUAGGGAGGGAGUCCCCCUUCCAUGGGGAUUCAAGACCUAAGCCUAGUCCUAGAUUCUCAAGACUUUUUCUAGAUCAAACAGAAAAUGUGUUAAAAUUAGAGGAUUCUGAGAGUCACGCUCAGAGUCCCUCAGAUCGGCCUACCCAAUCCCCAAAGUUGGCCACUACACAGAAGACUGGCCUGAAGGACUCGUUCAGCCCCUCCAGUACGGACUCGACUGUGGUUAGCAGCCCAGACUCGUCCUUUGACCCCCGGAGACACAGCCAGGACAGCAAGGUCCCCCUCCGCCCCCCUUUUACCCCCAAACCAAGGUCAGGGUCUGCCUCUGACGACAUGCAGAGAGACUUAAACCAGGUGUCCAACACAGACACAAAUGUGAAUGCCUCAGUGUUAUCCAAAGUUGCAAAAUUUCAGCCUGUAGGCUCAGAGUUCAGUUCCUUCCGGCCCUUCCAGAGAUCUGAGCCUGGCAGAGAGUCGUUUAAGGAUGAAAAACUGAAUAAAGUUCUUCCAGAGGUGCCCAGUAAACCAGUCAGUAAAGAGGACAAACACAUAAUUACUGGAAUAAAACCAAAAGGGGCUGGUACCCCAAUAUCAAAUAGACCUGAUUGUUUUAACAAUGGUGAACACCGGGAUGAGGAGUGUGAUGCUCCAGUGACGAAGGACAUGGUAGUGAGUGCCUCCGAGCGGUUGAAGAUGUGCGUGAGUGGGCUGUCCACUGCCGGGAACAAGUCAAGCGUUAACUUCCUAGAGCUGGUGGAGGAAAUUGAGGCGUUUUGCAGGGCAUGCCAGGCAUAUGUUGAGGGCCUUCCACCCCACGCCAAGUUCCACACUCGUGAGUUGCUCUCCCGGCUCCAAGCCCUCCAGCAGACUGUGCGCACAUACACAAGCGCCAACCCAAGCACCGGGGCCUCCCUCCUUGCAGACAUACAUGCCGUUAACCGUGAGAUCAUGGAUGUCAUACAGAGAUGAGGCCACACCUUCCCUUAGCGCACCGACAUGUGACCAUACAUGCAAACACAGGCAUUAAUAACCAAAAAUCAUCCCCGAAUUUGAUUAGUCCACAUAUUUAGGUUACAAUAUAAACCAACACUAACUUUGAAUGUGACUGUAAAUUAAAAUCCACAUUUUGAUUGUGAGGUUAGAUCUUUUCUAUUUUAGCUGCUAAAAAGAACUGCAUCUGUUAUAUGAGUGAUUCCUUGUCCGGUUAAUGUCCAAUUCAGGAAGUUUAGCCCGGACUGUUUUUGCUUGUAUGGUCACUAGUUUUAAUAUUUAAUAGUUAUUUUACGAGUUGAAAUAAAUGUACUUAUUUAUGAUAUAAUAAUUGUAUAUAAAUACUCCAAUAGUUUUACAAAUAUCAGAACAGUUGAUGCAUUUCAUAGAAUCAUAGUUAAAAGACAAAAUCGUUCAUUUUUUUAAUAUUAAUUCUUAUUUAUAUAUAUAAUUCAUUAUUAACCUUGACUCAAUAAAUAUGAUAGAAAUUCAUUUUUUUCCAGUAUUAUUCAUGUUUUCAUUUAAGCAAUUUGCAUUUUGAAAUUAUGUCGAGACUUCUAGCCAUCAGAUAUGAGAUGAAAAUAUGGGUGUCUUUUUUCAAAGACUUUGACUAUUAUAAGUUAUUAUAUCACUAAAUGUAUGUUUUUAAGAAAUGAACAUGGAUAUGUUUGCUAUCCUGAGUGAUUAACUUUUAUUUAUUGCCUUUUCAGUAAACUGAAAGGAGUAGUGAGAUUUUGUAAUAAUAUAUUUGGUUGAAAUUCAUUCUAGCUUUACGAAAAUCUAAUAAACUCAUGACACAUAAGAGACAGUUGUGGAUCAAGUUGGGUGAAUAUCUAUUGAUUAACCUGAGCCCUUGAUCAUAAGACAUUAUUGCACCUCUUAAGGCUGGUUUUAUACACAUUGACAAUUUAUGUUCAACAUAUGUGCUAACCAGGAGUCAGCUUAUUAUUUUGUAUAUCUUUUAAAUUUCCUGUUUGGAAUUUUAACCAAAUCAUGUUAUAAUUCAAUAAGGUUGAUCAUGUUGAUCCAUUGUUUCAAUCUUUUACAGGUAUGUUCAGCCUGACCUUAUUUCUUUAACAUAAAAAAUUAUUACUUAAGAAUUUACAUAAGAAUAGUUUUCUGCAGAAUCUGCUCUCCUUUAGUUCUGCCAAUUCAUUAUUUCAAUUCUAGUCAGCUUUUUGUUUUUAUAGUUGAUAAUGAUCUGAAAAUGCUUCCAGGUACUGAUGUCUUGAGUCAAGCGAUGUUGUGUUGACUUACUAUAUGUAAAGUACUCGUACCAAUUGCUCUCAUUUAGGUUGUUUGGAAACAAAUCUAACUUCAUUAGUGAAACAUGUUUCUUUACCUCUAAAAGUGUACAGACUUAUUUUGUGUCAUGAUCAACUUCGCUCUCGGGUCAGUUAUUUUAAAAGCCCAGUCAGGGAAAUGAAUAGAUUGCUGCGUUUUCUCUGAAAAAUCAAGCACUACAGAUAAAAGUUUGAUUUUGUAUAUUUGCAAUAGUUGUGAAUUUUAAUUACUUUAAAACAAUUUGGCAUUCUUUUACAGACUUGUCUCAUUUUAAGAUGUCAUUUGUUAAAUUUGUUUCAUUCUCUUUUAAUUUCAUGCUUGAUGGUUAUUUGAAAAGUAAUGAUCAAUUAUAGACUGAUAAACUCAGCGUUUGAAACAUUUAGUUUAUAAAUAUAAUCUCACUGUUUCUAUCAUUUUAGCAUGUUUUACUGCAAGAAAAUUACUGUGAACACACACAGUUUGGGAAAGAAAUCGAUGUUGUCAUUUUCAAUAUGACGUCAUUUGGCUAAGAUUUGGUGCCAUUUCUAAUUACUUAUUAUUUUUGUUAAUUUAAAAGCAUGGAGUUAGAAGAAAAAAGUUUGUUUGAGUGUUAUAUUGCAAUAUAUUAUUAUCUAUCUAAGCCCCCAUUCUUCUUUGUAGCAAGAAUUUAUAGUUGUGGUUUUCCCAAUUUUAAAUUGAUAAUAAUAUUAAGAAUAUGUUAUAUUUCUGAUUUGUUUAUUGGAAUUCAACACCAACAAACACGUUCUUGUGCUGUUUUAUCAUUGUCUCUCUCUAAAUACAUCAACCAAUUUGUUUAUAUUUUCUGUGGUUGUGAACAUAUUUCACAAUACUAUUAUUUCCAUUGAAGAAUAUUCUGAUAUUUUAUGGCAAAUGUUUACUGUGCAAUAUGUGUAACAUUAUGGACCUGGGGCCUGUUUCAUUAACGAUUUUGGUUAAAGUUAAGACUAAAAUUAUUUAUUGAAACGGCCCCCAGGCAUGUAACAUAAUGAACCAGGCAUGUAAUAUUAUGGACAUGUAACAUUAUAGACCUGGUAUUUAACAAUAUUGACCGGGCAUGAAACAUUAUGGACCAGGCAUGUAACGUUAUGGACCAGGCAUGUACAAUUAUGAACCUGGAAUGCACUUCUCUCUCUUGUGAUAUCUUACACUAAAUUGUGCUUCAAAUAGUUCAUCAUACUUGGGUAGUGAGUGUGUGUACAUGUAUUUAUGUUUAUGUAUUUGCUACUGUUUUAGAUUGGAAGGAAUAUACUCAUAUAGUAAUGGACCUGUCUUUCAUUGUGUUAAACACAUCAAGUGAAACCUAAAUCGAACACUAGAAUAUAUUUUUGUUAAUGUAUGUCUGUAGACAGAAUAUUUGUAUUUAACCAAAUUAUGACGAGGUUGUCUGCAUAAUGGAUGUUUUAUGAAAUGCAUGCUAUGUUAUGGAGUUAAAAGGUUGUAACCUGGAGGGUACAUAGUGCUUUUAGAUACAUUCGAAUUUAAGAAUGCCAUUCGCAUUCCAAAUUGUGUAUGUGUACCUUUCAAAACUGUUUCCUGUCAAAAAGCCAAAUUUUGAUUAGAUUUUUAUUCAUCAAAUAUUGUUGGUGCCCUAAGAGUUGUCGCAGAUAAUAAUGCUGGAUAUUUAAUUGAGUUUUAAAUGUCAUUUAGUACAUUGCGAAACAGAACAUGCUUCAUUUUUUAUGUGGUUUUCUGUUCCUGUCUGAAAUAAGUAACUUGAAUUUCAUUUAACCCAUAUUUAUAAACAGAUGUUUGAGUAUUAGUAUAUUUCACACAACUAUCAUCCUCUCGUGUCUGUUACAAGAGGGACGGAUUUCACCUAUUGAUUUGUACAGACACAUGUAUAUAGACAAGCAUUUAUAUGUGAUUCCAUAUUGGUCAUACAUUUAUAUCAUGUACGGCACAGCUUUGUAACUAAUGAAAGUAAAAUACUUCCAUGGAG